CCCUCUUUUAUAUCUCUACCUCUUCAUUCUCUUUCUUCACCCAUCGCCUUCACAUAUUUCCCAAUUCCAUUUUCACAUCUUACUUCUUUUACCCCUCCACCUAUAUCUCCAUACAUCCCUCUUACAAAGUCUGCCCCUGGCCCCUUUCUCACUCUUUUUCUUCCUACUAUUUCCCGGUAUUUGGGGUUUUAUGGUCUCACUGCAGUUUUUCGCAGUUUUCUGGCACCCUCUUUUUCUUUUACCGAAUUCUCUAUGGUCCCUUGUUCUAUAAUCUCUUAGCAGAGCCCUGGAAGUAGAAGCAUUUCGCGGUGACAUUGAUCCUGGUGUCUCCUUGUUUCGAUGUUCGUAUCGUAAUUCUGCAUUAAAGUGGUAGUAAGAUUGGUUUUUCUGCUGAAUUUGAAUUGAAUGGGGAUUGGGAGGAGGGUGGCUGAUAAGAAAGACAAAAACUUCUCUGAAUUACCCGAAGAGACGAAUACCAACAGCAAAUCAAAGAAGAACCGGCGACGUCAGAAGACGUCGCCGGUUCAAAAACUCUACAAGACAUGCAAAGAAGUGUUUGCCUCUGGUGGCACUGGGAUUGUUCCGCCCCCUCAAGACAUUGAGAAGCUGCGGUCUGUUUUAGAUGCAAUUACACCAGAAGAUGUUGGCUUGGAGCCUGAUAUGCCAUAUUUCAGGACAAAUGGCACCCAAAGAUUCCCAAGAAUUACGUACCUGCAUAUCUUUGAAUGUCCAAAUUUCUCGAUGGGAAUAUUUUGCUUGCCGCCUUCUGGUGUUAUUCCUCUUCAUAAUCACCCUGGCAUGACGGUUUUCAGUAAACUACUUUUUGGGACCAUGCACAUCAAAUCAUAUGAUUGGGUGGUUGACUUGCCCCCUCGAACUCCCACCAGUCUCGAACCACCGGAAAUUCAGAGUUCAGAAGUGCGGUUGGCUAAAGUGAAGGUUGAUGCUGAUUUCACUGCUCCUUGCAGCCCCUCCAUCCUUUAUCCCGCCGAUGGAGGAAACAUGCAUUGCUUCACGGCAGUGACAGCAUGCGCAGUUCUUGAUGUUCUUGGCCCUCCAUACUCCGACCCUGAUGGCAGGCACUGCACUUACUACCUUAAUUAUCCCUUUUCCAACUUUUCAGCUUCAGUAGACGGAAUAUGCAUAGCAGAAGAGGAAAAUAAGUCUUAUGAGUGGCUUCAAGAGAGGGAGAAACCUGAGAAUUUAGAAGUAGUUGGAACCAUGUAUGGAGGUCCAGAGAUUGUGGAAGGCUAAUCUGACGCCAUAUGUCACUCAUCUGAGCCUUAUCUGAAUCGGCGGUGAAAGUUAGGCUGAUCCUUGUUCAUGUCUUGUUCCCCCACCUUUUAGUUUUAAUUUUUCAGAUCUUGAUGGAACGUGAGGCACCUGGGGACGUUUUCAGCCGACAAAUUUGUUAAUCAUUAAUGUACAGAUGAUGAAAACAGGAAAUGAUAAAAAAGAGAUAUACAGCACCGGAAAUUGAUAUUGGCAUGAAGGUGCAGUGGCCUUGAUGUCUGAAAUUGAGCUGUUGAGUUCACUUAGCCUUCCUUGGGGUGAUUUAGAGAUAAUAAACAAUGGAUGUUUUAUUAAUCAGGAUUAAAUAUGAUUCAGCUUCUGUUUCGCACCCUA